GUUCCCCAAACGCUCUCCGCAUCUUUCUUUUGAUCCCCACAUUCCCAACAAGCAAAAGCAACUCGAUCUGCAAGACAGCAGCAUCUGAAGAAGCAAAGCAUCCGAUCCAACCUCCUCCCUGCGUCCCAUGGAUGAAUCUGACGAGCGCGGCAACGGCGGCGGCCAUCACCACGGCUACGAGUGGAAGCUCCCGGCGGCGCUGUCGGCGAACACGACGAGCGUGCACGUGACGGCGCUGGACGGGGUGGUCAACGUGAACUCGCUCUUCACGGUGGCCGUCUUCGUGGGCCUCUCCCUCGCGAGCCCCGGCGAGCUCCGCAGCCUUGCCGGAGACCCGUCCUGCGACGCCGGGCCCGACGUGGCGCGGUCCCUGCUGGUCCUCGAGGUGGUCGCCUUCUCCUCCUUCCUCUUCUCCAGCCUCGUCGCGCAGGGCCUCAAGCUCGCGAUCAACCUCAUCAACUCCAAGGAUCCUGACGACACGCACGCCCACAUCGACGCCCGCCUGCUCCGGCUCGGGAUGCUGGCCUCCGCCGUGGGCUCCGUCGUCGGCUGCGUCUUCUUGAUGGCGUCCAUGGUGAUGGUCGUGCAGAUCCGGCUCGGCACCCUGGGAUGCGCCAGCAACCGGGCCGCUGCCAAGGCCGCCGCGGGGCUCGUCGGGCUCGUCUCCACCGCCCUCGUCGUGUACAUCAGCACCGUCUUCUACACUUUCACUCACUGAUUGACAGAUUACUGCUGCUGAUACAUCAGGUUCCAUGGAUCUUGCUUGCCAGUUGCCACUGUCUCGUUUUUGUUUUUUAGCUUUUAGUGGAGUGCCGAGGUGUUUUAGCUGUCUAUGUACAAUGUAUUGUUGCA